AUGAAUAACAACGGGACUUCCUGCAAAUUUGAGUUCACCAAUGUCAAGUGCACUUCGUUAGAGAAAAAUUUCUGCGAUUUUGAGUAUUGCUAUCUGAAGUCUGUGAAUCGGAGCUAUAAAUUCAUAUCAUUAAAAGUGAAUUUAUUUAAAACGCCACGCUUUAAUGGCUAUAGACCAUUUAUGUUUAAUGUAACAGUGGAUGCCUGCAGGUUUUUGAAUGGCGCCAAAGCUGCUCCAGUCGUGGAUUACAUGUAUGGUUUUUUCAGAACCCAUUCAAAUAUGAAUCAUACGUGUCCUUUUGACCAUGAUAUCAUAUUAGAGAAGCUUGACGCCAAUUUUAUGAAUGACCAAGUCACUAAAGUUCUGCCAGUUCCAGAGGGCGAUUACCUUGUGGAAACUCAUUGGAUUGCUUAUGAUAUAGAUCGAGUGGUUGUUAAAAUUUUUUGUACUAUUUCUUAAAAGCUAAAAUUUAAAUUUGAAUUUAUUAACUUGAAAUUAAAAUUUAAUAACUGAGGUAUGGAAAAAAAGAAAAUCGAAAGAAUAAAUA